GUUUGUAUUCAACGAGGAAACGGUGCAACAUCUGGAAGCUGCUAUUGAAGCUAUUAAGAAACUGGAGGAAAUAAGAAGACGCACCCAUGAACUUCUAGAAGAGGAGACCAUAAAAAACAGUAAUCUCCGUUUCAGAAUCCAGAACCUCCCAGACCUGAUUACCGAGGAGAUGACAGCUCUCGUUUCGGCUGCCCGUGAAUCCAACGCUGCUAAGAUCCAUCAAUUGCAGACUGCGCUGAAGGACGUCACACGUGAAACCGAACUGCUGGAUCAGAAGCAAACCCUUUAUGAAAGGGAGAAUGCCACCUUGUGUGAGGAGCAAGAGAAAUUGUGGGUCCGGCAUGAAGCAGCUGUAGACUUCAUGAACCAACAAAUGGCCAAGAGAGUUAACACAAAGAUUCUCUUAAGCGAGGUUUACAAGAAAACCAAAAAUGCAGAGCAAGAUAUAAUCAAGAAAAAGAAAGAUGUGCAAGAACUGAAGGAAGCCGUAGCUAGAGAGAGGACAUUUCUACAGGAAGAAAAAGACGCAUGGGACAAAAAGAAGGCAGAGAUGAAAACAAAACUGGAUGCACAGAAGGCAAAAUCGUUAUUGAAAAAAAGAGAAUAUGAACAUUUGCUUCCAAAACUGUUGGAUAUUCAGCAACAGAUAACCCACCAGGCAGCGGCCAUUCAGAAGGAGAACCGUGAGAUAGCACAGCUGAACGAAAAAAUCGAGCAAUUAACACGGUUAUUAGAACAUAAAAGGCUGCGAGGCCUGGAACUCUCCAAAAGGAAAGAGGAUCUUGAUUCUGACCUGUUUGUCCUGCAAUCAAAAAUUACCCAAGAAAGAGAAAGUUUAAAUAAUGAAAUAAAAAUGGCCGAGGAAAAAUUACACAAGACUGAAUGCGUGAAUAAAAAACUUAAAGAUGAUAAUGCAUCUAAAAAGAACCACUAUCAGUUAUUAAUGAAGGAAGAAGAACAUUUGCGUGCAAAGCUGGAUGGGGCAGCAAAAGAACUUGAAAACUUAGCAGCUUUGCUGGAUGCGAAGUUUGAGGCUGUGGCCAAGCGCCUGAUGGACGAGAAAAGUUUGGAGGAGGAAAUCGAGAGACUUGAAGAUACCUUUGAGAACAUGCAAGAGAAUUUUGGAAGAGAAAUCGAGAAUCUGGAGUACAAUUUAAAGAGAGAGUGUGAGAUGAGAGCGCUGCUCGAGUGGAAACGCCUUCACCUGACAAAGCACAUGGAGUUCUUGGCGACAACAGACGAGAGUUUCCUCAAUGAAACCAAUGAGAAGCUUAAAGUUGGUAAAAAACGGCAGACUGAACUAAUUAUGAAGAACAAGAAAGCUGAAAAAGAGCUUAUGCGGACUGAAGAACGGAUCAAGAACCUGGGCGAGGUGUUAGAUAAAAAGGAAGCUGAAUACAAGGACUACAAAGAGAGAGAAAUUGAAAGCAUAAAAGUUCUGGAGGAUGAAAUCAAAACUGUCAUGGAGAGCCUGAAUCAGAAAGAGCAGCAGCUGAGUUUGAGAAGGCCAGUCGCAGAGGGGAGACAGAGAGAGCUGGAGGAGAAGCACGCCAAAUAUGAAGAACUGAGGAAGAAAGUUUUGGGUCUCAAAGACGAAGAGGCCAACCUGACGAAAUCCAUCGAGCGCUCGCUCAGGGCGACAAGAAGACUCCAAAAGACCACGGCUGAACAGAAGAAUGAACUGCGGAUGAAGCGUGACGCAGCUUUGGAGCAGCUGAGAGACCACACAGAGGUUUUGAAGCUGCUAGAGAGAGACAUUUAUGAGGUCGACAGAAAGCUUGAGCUUGUGAAUGCAGAAAAUGGCAGGUUGAAAUUAUGCAAUGCACAGAUCAAAGCAGAUAUUUUCACCAUGAACUCGGAGGCGGAAAAGCACAAGUCAACAACAAUCAAAAUUCUGCAGGACUUGGCAAUCCUUCGCGAGCUUCUUCUGAAGGCAUGGUCAGAGGACAGUUACAUUCAAAAGGAAUUUGUGGAGACUGAGCAGGAAAUUCUGAGGGCAAUGGCAAAUUUAAUAGCAAAAGUUCAGCACAGAGAGCAAAAGGUUGACAGUAUUAGCAACAGGCUUCAAAGUAACUUGGAUGGACUGGAUUCUUUACUAGAAGGUCAAUCUGCCGUGAAUCCCUGGGCCUAAAGUUGUCAUGCAUUCAC